AUGACUGAAUAUAAACAAGUUGUACUUGGGCGCCAAUUGGACCAAAGCGGAUGUGCAAGCUUUAAUAGUUUACUACACGAAAUAGCCAACAGUUAUUGCCAAAUUAAUAGGGAUGAUCGAUCAGAGAAAGAAUACCUAUCUAUUAAUUUGACUGGCCCUAUUUCUUAUCAAUUAUCUAUCGAUCCAGGAUUUUACCGUUAUGGUGUUGGAGGUCGAGGAGAUUUCUGGUAUACGAACCAAAAUAAUUUCCGCUUCAAGAUAACUGACAACGACAAUCGGGAUUCAUCCAUUGUAAAUGGAACAGUAUGUCCUAUCGAUGCUCCUUCUAUUCAGGAUGAAGGGCAUAAACCUUACAUUCACCGCCUGAUUGUUAGGCCUAGCGAUGUAAACAUAGCUAACGAAGUCAAUGUUGCUGAACAUCUUUCGUAUUGUAUAGACCAUCUUAAACGUGCUAUAAAGACCAAAUUUAAUGAUCAUUUCGCAGCUAUGGAUCAAAAUUGGAUGGCUAAAAUUACCAAUAUUCAAUUAGAUUAUAUAUCGCCUGCUUAUAUGGGCGACGAAUUAACAAUUACUACUUGGUUCGAUGCCGAUCGAAAUCGUACAAUUAGUACUAUCAACAGAGGAGAAUGCUGCUUAAGUACCGUUUCCAUAACUUUUCAACCUAAAAGGGAAUAUAAGAUGCGAUUAAUUCCCCCGCAAUACGUGGUAUUAUCCAAGGAUAAGCAUCUCAUUGAUAUAUCCUUUGAGAUGCCUGCAUUCACAUCAUUCCGUGACCGAUUUGGCAAUCCCGAUUAUGGCAAAACCAUGUUUAUUUCAGCGGAAUGCGAACAGACAUCAACUCUCCUUGGUAUGUGGGAUGCCCACAAAAUACUUCUUGAAACCAAAGGAAGGGCUACAUGGUUUAUUACUUACCAUGAGAAUAAAAUUUUACCUCAAUUUUAUUCGACAGAUCCGAAUGCAACUACAAUUGUUAAUAUCUGGCUAGAGUCCAUAGGAGAACAUAGUAUUAUACUGCAAAACUCUAUUACUGAUCAAACGACUGGACAUAUUAUAAAUGAAACCAAAUAUAUUUUGACCUAUAUUUAUGACGGAAAAUUGUCUAAGCUACCAGAAUUUUUUACAGAAAGAUUGAAAAAAAUUGUCGAGAAAAGGCAUGAUUCCAAAAGGGUCCAAAUCAUCGACGAAGUUCCUCAAAAUUAUCACACCUACCUAACAGAAGCUCGUUGUAGUGAGCUAGAUAUUCGAAGUCAUGUUAGUUACGGAUUUUUCCAAAAUUACUGUUUAGAUGCUGCAAGUAGUGCAGUAAAGUCAAAUAGUUCAGCCUAUCAAUCUAACUUUGGCUCUGAUUUCAAUCCUGAAAUAAUUUCUGAAACGAGAACUAGCUAUCACGGUCAGUUAUUUGGAAUGGAAAAGCUAGCUGUUGAUACCUGGCAAGAUAACAAUAACAACUUAUUCUUCUUAAUUAGGCAUGAUGAUAAGCUUAUUUGUCAUGCCCAGUUUGUUCUAAGGGCAUAA